CGUUUCACGCGAGCCAAGCUGGAUAAUUCAAUUGUAAAUCGGUACUUGAGCGCCGCGGACGACGACUUCGUAUACUGUGUGGAUCUGGACAUCCGGCGCUUCAUCGAGCGGUCGAACCCAAAGGCUGUGCUGAUCUUCCCACCGUUCAGCAGUUAUCGCCGGUUUCUGAUCCACAGGGUGUGCGCCAGUAGAUCGUUCAGCCAGCAUGAUAUCGUAACGUUCUCCAUCGGGAUCGGUGACGAACGGCGCACCGUCGUUUGCUUUAGCCAUCAGCUACUGAAGGACGUUAAGGCGACCAACGGGAAACGUUUCGAGGAAUCGACCGGCGGCGAAUACGGUACAGCUGCGGCCAAACCUCAUUACGCUAGCUGGCGUAGUUCAACGACACCACCGACAGCGUCCACCAGUACCAUCACUACCAGCAACAACUUUGGAGCUAGUAGCGGGAACGUUCACGCAACUACAAGCACCACUACAACCUGCAGCAUCAAUAGUUCGCUCGGGUGUGGACGAAAGCGUGUUGAAGGACGAGACGCAACGUACGAUCAGGCGGCCAACAUGGGCACGGAACCGAUUUUGCAGAGUAGCGGCGCUACCGCUGUCCAUCAACAGCAACGACAGCAACACGGUGCAACAUCCACCAACACUCAGCAACGAUCGUACCUGAUCGAUGAGGAUGCUGCUUAUGGCGAUGCGAUGAAAGGUUCGGUGUAUCCAGAUACGGUUGGGCACAGCCACCAGCAGGAACAGUCAGGGCCUUUCGGCAACGAUACAGGUACCGGUGUGAAGUUUCCGCCCGUGGUAGGAAUUUAUCGUCCACCGGCGGCAAGGCGUGCACUGAAUCUAGCGGAAAACAUUGUGCAUCAGCUUGCACCACCGGCAGCCUGUGAGCAUCCGAACGAUUAUGGUCAUUUAACGCCUUCCGCGCCACAUCCACCGGCAACUGUUCACCAGCCAGUUCAUCUUCUGCUACACGCCGCUGCGGGCGGUACCGAACCGGAUAAGAUAUUAAUCGCACCAGAUUCCAGAGAAGGCCAUCCACUAAGAAAGGACAAAGCGAGUGUUUGUGAAAAAACUGGUCACGCCGGGCAGGAAACAGUGCAAUCGUCAUCGCGGACGAACGUUCCGGAAUCCAAUCGACAGAUAGGAAGUAACGACAGUACCGGAAAUAGUAACAGUACGAAAAGCACCGGAGUUACAUCGCCAAGUGCAAGGAACAACCGUCCUCCUCGUGAAAGACGUCCAGAUCGUGCAGUGUACGUUCCGCGUGCUCGUCGUAGCUUAACAACGCCUCCGGUCGUAACAGCUCAGUCACAAUCUUCUCCACCAGAAGUUGCCGAAGCAAACAUCGCGAAAGUAAGCACAUCCCAAACGAAGGGCCUAUCGCGGACGGCAUCCAACGGAGUUGAGCAUCUCGAAUCGGCUACCCUUGAUCCGGUAACAACAGCAAUAGCACUAACCUCAACAGUGUCUUCCAAAGAAUUAGUAAAAUUAAAAGACGGAAAGCGUAAGCUGCUGGAAUUAACAUCAUCUGGAAAACUGCAAAGUGGCAAUACUGACAAACUAAAUUGUGAUACUGUGAUAGAAGCUCCGUUACAUGCUCAUACUCAUGGUGAGGGUGGUGAGGUUUCAUUAGAAUUGUGCAAAAAACGAAGCCAUAGUUUAGAAGAGCAGCAACAGCAUCAGGAACUGCACCAAACCGCUGUAGGAUUGGUUGAGGUGAAGGAAGAUAGGGAUUCGUUAACGGUUUCCCCAUUUUAUUUGAACAAACAUAAAGAAGAAAGCAUCGAGCUGUAUUGCGGCAACUUACGUACUGGCCAAGUCGAAGAAGUUUCUAGGGAGAAUUCUCAUUGCAACCCUGAAACAGUCGUCACGAUGCAACGCAACAAUCAACGAAAUCGUAAUGUGCGAAACACGACCAGCAGCACUACGCCGUCACCACUUGCCACCGGUAUGCUCAUCACUGAUUCCAACGAGGCAGAAAAGAUCGACCGUGAUGAGAAAGAAUUGCGGCGAGCUUCGCAGGAGAUCAAUCGCAGCAAUCGGCGCAUUAUGAAGCAAACUUUCAACUCGGACGUACUGGAAAUUGGUGAACCCACACCUCCAUCGACAGUACAGAAACCGGUAAAAGUUAAGCGCACAGCGGCAACAGUUGCGACAGAAAGCGUUGAAGGACAGAAAGCAAUUGUCACACCAGCAGCUGGUGCAAUAUCGAACGGUAAAACGGAAGAAGCAACCAGCGCUGAUGGGGAGGAAGAUGCGGACGAUUGGGAAUCGAUGUACGACGAUAAUGGUGAUUGUUUAAAUCCAAAAAUGCUCGAAGAACUAACGACGGCUGUAGGGAAGGUGUCGAUUGAAAUGCCCCAAUCGGAUUAUAAGCUGUUUGAAACGAAGCAGGCUGUGCUGAAUGAUGAAGAGUUUCCUCAUGUGCUGGAAGUGUCAAACUUUCCGGCCGAAUUCAAGACACAGGAUUUGAUGAUGAUGUUCUCGCAGUACAAAGAAACCGGUUUCGACAUCAAAUGGGUUGAUGAUACUCAUGCGUUGGCUGUUUUUAGUAGCUCCAAAAUUGCUGCUGAAGUACUCGCUACAGGCCUUUCGUUUGCACGUGUGAAACCACUGGCUGAAGCUACGGCCGAAUCACGAUCAAAGGCUCGCAAGUGUUCCAGCUCAUUGCAACCGUACCGUGCCCGCCCGGAAACGUGUGCCGCAAUGGCUCGAAGGAUGGUUUCGUCGGCGCUCGGCGUGAAGCUAAAAACUGCACCGGAAGAACGUGAAAAUGAACGUCGACUCUUGCGUGAAGCCAAAGAACGAAAAAGGCUCGCUGCCAAGCAACGUGAUGAGGUAUGGGACAGCUAGUGUUAGCAACUUCACGAAAACCUUUGCACGUUUGUCCGACCUUCACCGAGAACCGUUAUAAGUUAAAACGUUUCGCUUCACGUUUACAUUGCCACGGUUGCCAUAUCUGAUAAGAAGAGAUAGUAUAGUUUUGUUUAAAUGGAAUUAGAUCUCGUGAAACCGUGUUUUGCUUUACGCCAGCAAGCUAGAGAGCGGAAGCUGUAUAGAAACGAUACCGAGAGCAACUUAAAAAAUUGCCAAUUCUGCGGGUAAAACACGUCCCCGGAAAUGCAGCUGUGUACAUGAGGUACAGCGUAUUUGUAUAUGCAUUUUUAUUUUAUACUUUCAUUUUGAAUCCCUUUAACUUUACAAUAAUUCAUCAAUUUGCCCAUGAUAAUUGAUAGAACUAUAAGGCGUACCAGAAUAGGACCACUUGCGAAAAGAAACAGUACAAGCAUGAUAACGCCAAUAGACAAAACGAAUGAUUUCAGGAACAUACACUGAAUUUUUAUAAUUAUUGUGGCAGUAGAAACCGGAUGUAGGCCGUGGCAGUAGAACCGGAUGUAUGUGCAAUUCAAAGUCAUACAAGAAAACCACAGUUACACAGACAGGCAGGCAGUGUUCCAGAUCUACGAUGGAUGGUGUGAAAUCAAUCUAAAAUGUGGUGAAUUAGAUUAUUGAUCGGGGCACAGCUGUAUUUUUGUAUUAGAAAAUAUGAAAGUUUAGUUUGUUAUUUCUAUAUAUUGUGAGGGAUUAGAUAGAGAGGAAAGGAUCUGCUGGAAAUCAUGGUUGGAUUGUUCAAUCAAAAGUGAUUAUAAAUAUUAUAUAAACUAUCUACAACAAGUAUGCAUGAUGAUCAGUCGUGGUGGAGAUCCUGUUUCCUGUAUGAUAGUAUAAUUAAAACCCUUAUAUACAAGCAGUGUAAAGGGCGCGCGGGUGGCAAAUUUUGCCAGCUCGCUCGUCACUGUGUUUAUAUCUCUUAUUUACAAAGCAAAAAUAAUCGUGAGAUAUGAUCCUAAUAAAGAAUUUAAUUCAGAUAUUUAAA